CAACUCGCUGGAGCAGGGCUGGGCUAGACGGGCGCGCUCUCGGGGGCGGGAGGGGCAGUCCCGGUCCCGGCCCUCCGUGCGGGUGGGCUCGGAGCAGGCCGCACCGGGCGGGAACCCCACUCCUAUCCCGGAGGCCCCCUGCCCUUUUCCCCCUCCCCCGCGGCCCAUGGUGCGAGGCUGGGAGCCGCCGCCCGGGCCAGACCGCGUUUGGAGCCCUAUAGACUGCCUGUGAAAUGGAGGAUAAGAGAAACGUUUCCUUCCCCAGGCCACCCUCCUCCCCAUGACUACCUCCUGGCGACCUCAACACACGCUCGGAAACCUGGCCUGCCUUCUGGGGAGCAGUGAGUGGCCUUUGGGAAUGAAAGGUUUAGGAGGAACAGCCCUUUCCGACCCCCUACUCAAAACCAACCAUGAAAGUGAGAACCGGAGUCCUCAGAGGUUCCUGGGGUUGCGUCCUAAUCUGAGACUUCUAAACUGAAAGACGACUCAAGCUGAGACCUGCUAUCUCUGAAGGGCACAAAUCAGAAAGCACCAUGCCUCCUAACAAAGAGGCCAGCAGUCUUAAUACCUCCCCUACGGGGCUCAUCUGCCUCCCUCCAAUCUCCGAGGAGCUCCAGCUUGUGUGGACCCAAGCUGCCCAGACCAGUGAACUGGAUGGCAAUGAACACCUGCUACAAACUUUCAGCUACUUUCCCUAUCCCAGUCUAGCAGACAUUGCCCUUCUCUGCCUACGCUAUGGGCUGCAGAUGGAGAAAGUCAAGACUUGGUUCAUGGCCCAGCGCCUCCGCUGUGGCAUUAGCUGGUCAUCUGAAGAAAUAGAAGAGACUCGAGCCCGAGUGGUCUAUCACAGGGACCAACUCCAUUUCAAAUCCCUUCUCUCUUUUACUCAUCAUGCAGGGCGGCCCCCAGAGGAGGUGCCUCCUUCUCCAGUGCCACCUCCAGAACCAGUUAGUCUUGGAAUAGUGCCCCUGACUCUUAGCGAGCCCAGCCAGAUGAAAGGAUUAAAGGUAGAGCCUGAAGAGUCCCCAGAGCCACUGAGUCACCAAAAAGCAAAGGAGCCCCUGAUGAUACCUGGUAGUGGGGCAUUCUCCCACCGAUCAGAAUUUUGGCAGGAUCUUCAAAGCAGUGCCUUCUCUAAGGAGCAGGCAGGCAAGGGUCCUAACCAGUCACAUGGCCUAGGUACUGCUUCCUGGAACCACUCCACAGCUGUCCACCAGCCAUGUGCUCCGGAUAAGCCCCCACCAAUCUCAUUACUUGCCAGUAGUUGUAAGCAGGGCUCAGCAUCUAAUGAGACUCCUUCUUCCUCUACCUCUUCUUCCUCUCUCCAGGUACUGGCUAAUGGAGCUACAGCCACCUCUAAACCCCUCCAACCACUGGGGUGUAUCCCACAGCCACAGUCACCCAAUGAACAGGCACUACCCCCACAUGCGGAGCCAGCCUGGCCCCAGAGGCUAAGGCAUAACUCAGUACUAGGUAGGGUUGGCCCUGCAGAGUAUCUUUCCCCAGAUACACAACGCCAGCGAAAGACCAAGCGCAAAACCAAAGAGCAGCUGGCUAUCCUCAAAUCAUUUUUUUUACAGUGCCAAUGGGCACGGCGUGAAGAUUACCAUAAAUUAGAACAGAUCACUGGUUUACCUCGGCCUGAGAUUAUUCAGUGGUUUGGUGACACACGCUAUGCCUUGAAGCAUGGGCAACUAAAAUGGUUUCGGGACAACGCAGUACCUGGUGCCUCUAGUUUUCAGGACCCAGCAAUUCCCACACCACCGCCUUCAACCCGGUCCUUGAAUGAAUGGGCUGAGACACCACCUCUGCCAAUCCCCCCACCUCCACCAGAUAUACAGCCCUUGGAGAAGUACUGGGCAGCCCACCAACAGCUACAGGAAAGUGAUGUCCCUCAACUGAGUCAGGCAUCAAGGCUUAGCACACAGCAGGUACUGGAUUGGUUUGAUUCUCGAUUACCUGAACCAGCUGAGGUGGUGGUUUGUCUAGAUGAAGAGGAGGAAGAAGAGGAGGAAGAACUGCCAGAUGAUGAUGAGGAGGAAGAGGAGGAGGAGGAAGAUGAUGACAGCGAUGAGGACAUCAUCAUACAGGACUGAAUGGAGGGCUACAAGAGGGGAGGUCUGUUACUAAAAGAUGAACCAACUUAGUAACUGUUUAAACAAACCACAUUUUAAAAAUUACCUUGUGGCAAAGAACUGAAAAGCUCUGUGUUCUUGAGGUUGGGGUAUGGGGAUGUAGCGAGGGUAGACCAGGGAGGAUGAGCGCAGGGCACAAAGUGAGGUGGGGAUUGAAUGAGCAGAAAUGCAGGCCUCUAGCCUCAGCGAAGGGAGUGCUAAGGAUCUGGUCCAAACUGGGCUGGAUAAGGGCUCUUUCAUAUCUGCUGUUCUUACCCAUACCCCACCCCCACCCCCACCCCAGCCCUCAGUGUACUACAGAGAAUCCAGCCCUUAGUCCCAUGUCUAUAGGAGGACUGGAAAGAGGAGUAAAGAAUUUUGAUUCACUUGAUGAUUCUAGUGCAUCCCCUAGUCCCAUCAUUUUCCCUGGUAUAAGGCUGCCUUGCAUUCCUCUUUUCUCUGAGCGCAAGUCCAUGCAUGAUGCAGCUAAGAAUCUCAGUAUGUCCCAGUCUCAUAAGUAUUUCCCCUUCCUCGUACCAGCUUAAUAUGUUUUACCUGCUUCAUUAUUGAGUCACACAGGAAGCAGAAUAUUUUCAUUUCUGAUACUGGGACCACUUUGCCUUGUACCUUUUAAUCUCUCCAAAAUCCCCAUUCUGUUGACUAUGUCUCAGGGUAAAUCUUCCCCACGGAGCUUGUGAAAAAGUUUAAUAACUGGGUGGAGAAUAAUUUAGACUGGAUAUUUAUUGGAGGUGGGAAUUAGGGGAGAUGUCCUUUAAAAAUUAAAGUAGAAUUAGGUUACAGAGAGGAGAGGGAAUGGUUUCUACUGUUCAGAAGACUGUGCAGGUAGGUUCUAGGUUUGGUUUUACAAGCCUGACACUCCCUCCUGCCUAGCCUGACAGAGACUGAUUUUUCAUAUUUUUGGUGUUGAUUCAAUUUGUAUCCGGAAAAGAAACUUUUCCCCUCUAUAGGAUGUCUGAGGGACAGAGGGGCCACAUCUUUAACUGAAUUUAUUGAUGUUUUAGAAUGGUUUUCAUCAGUUGGGGUCAGAUAUAAAGAUAUCAGUGGGUUAACCAUCUAGAAACAAGAGUGGAAGCCCAACUGCUAGAAUAAUAAUAAAAAAAGCCAAAAAUAAAAUUGUUUAUCUCUCUU